AUGGCAGGAAAAUUCGCAAUCGUCACCGGCGCGGGCUCAGGAGUGCCUGGGGGCGAGGGCAGCGAACUGUUCCUGGAAGCGCAAGAGAUUACGCGGGGCAUGCUUGAGCUUUGCGAGAACCCAGAGCACGGCGACGGAACGAUUUUGGAGGUUAACAAGGGGGCUACGCGCGUGGUGCCUCUUUAUCUUGCUGAAUCGCCCAGCGGGGUGAGUGCUGUGCUACCCAGGCUGGCUGAGAACACCGAGAAGAUUUGGAACAAGCUCGGGAGUGAGGGGUUGAAGGCAAAAGCGUACAGCAUCUUCUUUGACUUCAUCCACGAUCUCCGGGCCCACGACCCCAAAGGUCGCGGUCUCCAGCACCUAGUCACAGAAGAAGACGACUACCGGGUGCCGGCCCACGACACAUCACCCAAGCGCACCUUUGUCGAAGGCCGCGCACUAGAAGCCUUCAGAGCCACCGCCGCAAAGGAUCUCCAGAGCCUCUGGUUCAAGUGCACGCCUCGCGGCGCGCGCGCCCUCAGCGUGCUGGACUGGAUGCGCGCCCACGUCUUCAACUACGGCGUCCCCGUGUUCCCGAGCUUCACCUUUUUCGAACCGCCCCUACCGGACCCGCGGGACGGAAUCUCGCGGGAUCUCCAAAAGAUUGGUGGUAGCGGGUGCGAUCCGAGGGAGGCGCCCCUCGGCUGGCGGAUGCUCCUGCGCGACGUCGAUUUACGGCCCGAGGAUAUGGAGAAGGAGAAAGGCAACCGAAAUUUGGACGUCCGCAUCAUGUACGCCUCGGGUGAAGAAGAAGGUAUCCGCAGCCGCAGAGACGCGGCGAGGGUCCUUCACGAAGAGGACUUUCGGUGGCUCGAGCUGCAGUGGUGGUUUCACGGGUGGGACUUGCCCGCGGGCGGAGGACGUGGCGGCGGCGAUCGGCCGGCGGGCUGUUUCUCGACGGCGUCGGGCUUGCAGGCUAGGCGGCCCGAGUUUGACGGGCCCGAGGUGCUCGCUGCGGCGCCGCGACCGGCGCUCGGGUUUUGGCUGUUUCCUGUGGAGGCGUUUGGGGAGGUUCCCGAGGAGGACGAGGAGCCGAGGGGAUGGUUGAAGUCGAAGUGGAUAUGGGAUCUGAGUUCACAUUGGCCGGAGCUUGCGCUGGCGGACGUAUGCUGA